AUUAUACAUUUGGACUUUUCGUGGCGCUUUCCUCUCGCGAAUCUAUCGAGAACGAACGCCAAGUUAUACCAAUGUUUAAAUCUCUAUCCGACGCAAUUUGUUCACUUUUUGGAACAUCAACAAAUGAUACUCAUAAAACAACUGUUGGAUCCAAGAGAAAAAGAAACGUUGACGAAAAGUAUGAAAAUGUUAAGAUUCAGGGAGUUAUCGAUAAUAGGUGCCAGAAAUCACAAUGAUGAAUGAGAAUGAAUCAAAUGAAUUACACUGACUUUCACUCUUUGUAAUCCUUAAAUUUCACGUUACAUAUAGGAAGAUAAAAAUUAUUAGUGAAUAUUGCGGUAUUAUGACACUGGCAGUUAAAUAAUUGUUUUAUUAGAAUAGCAAUAUAGCCAAUGCCAAUAUACACAACCACUGCCUAAUGAUACUCAGACAGAAAUCUAAAACUUAACACAACUGACUAACAGUAACUGCCCUAUAACUUAAAAUUAUAAUUACUAACUAGUUUAUAUUUAAAUUACCUUAACACAAAGUUAAUGCUAUAUAAGAGUUAAAAUAACUUAAAUAAAACAGGAAUUAUCAUUAGGGUAAAAGUGCAGUUCAGGUGCGUAUAUUAUUUCUGUUUGAAUCUCUUAUUUUCCCGUGUAAACUUAUGUUAAUUCUUUAUAAAAAGUAUUUUAAAAGUUAUAUACCAUCUUUUUAUUGGAAUACAACAACAAUUUAAAUUUAACAAAUUUUACGAGAUUAAAAAAGUACAUUUUUAUGAAUCUUUCGUGUUUUACGGACCCAUUGUGGUAAAUCAAGGAUAACUCUUCUGUCUUUAAAGAUACUUUAUAAAAGUUGCCCAAUUGGAUGAAUCUUGUUAAAAUAAAAGAUAUAUUUAUUUUAUAACUUUACUAUCAACGAUAACCGGUGUCGCCCGGGGCUGCAUUCAGACAAAAACAUCUGCUACGUCCUUUUAGUUCACAUUGCUAUUAAAGGAAAUGUCAACAACAAAACAACAACACUAUAGUAAAAAUGAUAAUAAUUAAUUUGUCUCCUAUUAAAAACAAUUAAAAUAACUUAAGUAAACCUUUCGUUUUUCCCGUUUUCCGAUGGCACCCGGAAGGAUCAUGAUGGGAUCCCGAACCCGAUGUGAUUCCGAUAGAAUCCUGGUCAUGGUGGGAUCCCGAUACCGAUCCCGGUGAGAUCCGUUUUCUGUGGUAUCCCAAACUAAAUGAGAUCCCAAUCCGGUGGGAUCCCGUUUCGGUGAGAUUCCGAUCCCGAUAGGAUUUUGAUCCUAGUGAGAUCCUGAUCCCGGUGGGAUCCCGAUCCAGUGGGUUACCGAUCCUGGCGGGAUACCGGUUACGGUGAGAUCCUGUUUCGGGUGAUAUGCAGAUCCCGGUAAUUAUGGGGAGCUCACACACUUGACAUACGAACCCAGCUUACAAGCCACAUUGCAAUUGUUACGAGCGCCUUAGGAGAAAUUCCAGUUGUAUUAACGUUAUUUGUUGCCACACAAGGUGCGCGUAUAAACCAAAUGCUGCACCAUUAAAAAUGCCUGUUGCAUCAACAAUUUUAGUUAUUGUUUCUUGGUCGUCCUGCAAUUUUAAACAAAAUGAUCCUACAACCAGCAAUACCGCAAAGCCAAAACGAGUCCGUCUUAUAAUAUAAAAAAAAUAAUCACUAGCCCUCACUUUACUCAGCGCAAAUCAGUCACCAGUAAUAAGCGCAUUUGCAUACGAAAAAAGAGGAGGGGGUGCUCAAAUUAGAGCUGACCAAUCACGGACAGCGUAUUAGCAGCCUUCAGGGUGAUCAGCUUCACACCAGGUCCAGGACAAUGAUGACGUGUGUGUCCACUGCUUAGUCAGUGAUCCACUUCUAAUCUCCCCCCCCCCCCCCCCGACUUCAAAAAACAACCCCUAUAUUCCGAGCUCUAUGAGAGGGGAAAAAAAGAAAGUUGGCGGGGGGGGGGGGCUUGUGCGUAAUGAAGAAUCUAGUAUUUCAUUCUUUUUUGUGAACAUGCUUAGUUUGAAAAUUUCGUUUAGCAUUACUAACUUAUAGGUGGCUAAAAAUCUGGCAUAGCGUAAAAAGAAAAAUACAAACAAAUGGGGGCCCUGUCACUUUGGUUGGGGGAUGUUUAAGACUCUUUAGAAGUAAAAGAAAAAGAAAAGAUGCGAUUUAUAAUCUAGAAUUAGUUAACUAUAACUGCCUGGAUUUAAUUAUUAAAGAAUACACGUAAGUUUAAAUGGUUAAAAAUAAUUUAAAAUACGAAAUGCGCUAAGAAAUAAUAUACGCACCUGAACUGCACUUUUACCAUCAUUAGUUCAUGAUAUUGCCUGACCUAGCAUGGUCUAUGGUAAAAAUAAUCGGCUAAUCCUAGUUAAGAUUGCCACGACUUAUUUUCCAGGGAGUGACUUACCUUUGUUUAUUUUUACUAAAUUAUUUUAGGAGUCGAUUUAGGGUUCAGGGUAGGCAUAGGGAUCGAUUUAGGGUUCAGGUUAGGCAUAGGGAUCGAUUUAGGGUUCAGGUUAGGCAUAGGGAUAGAUGACUUCCAUGAUUGUGAUGUGUUAACCAAGAUGGCGGCCAUUGAUAAAAUAAUGGCAAUGGUAGUAAAAAUUUGCCAAAUAAUCAAAUGAUAUUUUCAAUGAAGUUAAGAUAUGACUAUGAUUAUUAUUAUGACAGAAUGAUCCAGUCAAUGCCGAUGGAUACUCCCAUUCCUUGGCCAUAGUCUUAUGUUCUGUCAUCUAUUUCUAUGCCUAUAAAUUAAGUAAUCCUAUUAAUUAUUUAUAAUAUUAGGGCUGUUAUUCUGUUAUAAAUACGCCUAUAUUUUUAGUAUACAGGAAUAUGUCAUAUUUCUUGCAAUAAUUAUAUAAUUCUUUAUUAUAAAUUGCAUGUUAUUAAGGGCCAUCCUUAUAUUUUAUAGGAAGCACUUAGAUGGAAAGUAGGUUGAUUAAGUAGAUUAUAAAUAUAGAUAUAUAUGGGAUUUUUCGGGGUCUCAGCAGUAUGAGUAUGUACAUUUUUAUCAUACAUUUUGUGCUCAAAUUCUGCAUUAAUUAUCCUGAAAUUUUGAUAGUCCAUAUAUAGCCAAUUAAAUUAAAGCCAACUGUCACCUAAAAAUCUGUCUUAUCCAUGCUUUAUAAUUGUUUUCCAAACAAAGGCUAUACAAAAAAUAUCACCUCAGUUUUUCAUUAUUAUUCUCCAACUAUUGCUUUGUGCAGAUGGUUCACUGAGACUUUGUUAAAUUGCCUUGUACUUGUACAUCAAAAUUGUCUAAAAAUAAAUUGAAACAAGUGGUUUGGGGAUGGGGAUUUAAAAUUCUGUUUUUACACUUAGGGAGUCCAAAAAUGUACAGUGCAAAAACAUGUAAGUGCAAGCCAGUGAAAAUUGAAUUUUUUUUGCCCUUUAAUUUAUAAAUUUUGAUAUGUUUCUUGCAAAUUAAAUCAUGGGUUCUGACACUAAUUACAAACAUAUUGUGUCAAUGUCAUUAUAUAAUACUAAGAGUUUAUUCUAUAGUAAAAUUCAUUAUUUGGCCUAAUAAUAGGCCUCUCGUCAAGACUAUUGCCAAAUGAAAGUGACAUUACUACUAAUCAUCUAGCAAAGUAAAUGCUACACAUCAACAUUAUUUUGUUCUAAACAUUCAUAACUUCAAGGACUUCACCCAUGCACUGCAUUGCAAUUUUCAAAUAACUAUAUACCAAUGAUACAUUUAUUUACAGUCACUCUCCUUUUAUCAUUCUAAGAAAAUGUAUAUCAUCAUUCAAUCAAACUUUGCUUAUUAUUUACUCAAGUUUUUAUGUUAUUUACUUUUAGAAGUAAGUUUUAUUAUUCAGAAUAAGGGUUUUAUUACAGUCCAUACAAUAAGAUCUGUUAGGAUCAUGCAAUAGGAUAAGAAUCAUGUUGACUGUGUAAGAAAAUAUUUUACAAACUGUGCUUACUUAACAAUAAAUGGCUUUUUUUUAAAGUAAAGAAAAUUAUUUUUAUUCUAUGAAAUGAAGGAAUAUUUCUUGAAUUUGUUGUCACAAAAAUCUACAUUUUGAUCAAGAUUUAUAGAAAAUUAUUAUCAUUUAUUUAAAUGGCAGAUGUAAUCUGGGAUACAUGUUUCUUAUCACUUUCAUUAUAAUUUAACUAUUUGUUUAGUCUUACAGUGUAAGGUCAAUCUGUAGAUAUGUUCUCCUUUUUUCAGUUAUGAUGAUCCAGAUGUGCAAAUAACCAGGAUUGAAAAGAAAAGACGAACUGAUUUUGAUUCUUCUUCCAAUUCAUGUGAUUAUGCAUUGUGUUUUAAAGCUUUUAAUGGGCUGGAAUGUUUUUAGAAUAGUUAUUUAUGUGGCUAAGAAUCUGUUUUUAGACUUAGGAAUUAAUGAAUGAAUUUCACUACUCAUUACAGAUGAAUCAAAAGAAAAUAUAACUUUUGUGCCAUAAAUUAAAUUAAUUACCUUAUUUUCUCCACAGUUUUCAGUUUUAAUGUUUUGAAAAAAUCAGCAUCAAGAAUGGCAGAUUUUAUCAAGCCUAAACAAACCUUUUCUAAAGCAUUUGAUAUUCAUCCUAUAGAACAUCACAGCAGGUGGGGUAACAAUGUUUCUAAUAAAAAUGGCAACUCCAAUCAGUCAAGGAUAAAUGGAGAUGAGGGCCACUUGGCAGUAAGUUAUUAAAAGAUUUUUAAACUUGAGUGCACUUUUCUUUUACUCUUGAGUUUGACUGCCAGACUAACAUGACUCGAGCAUUAAUAUUAAGUUCAAGGAAAUACUCAAGUGGCCUAACCACAUCUCAUUUAUUUUUAAAGUAGUAAAAUUAUUAUCCAUUGAUAUAGCUAAUGAAGUGUAAAAUAUGUUUAAAAUUUGUUACCACUGAAACAAUCACAUCCCAAAUUAAAUAGUUUUCUCAGAUUUCUUAAUAUUGUUCAUUUAUUUCAGAACCACAGUUUUCAAGAACACCCAAAAAUUGUUUACUCUAAAGGUAAGAAAGUUUGCAAUGUUUAUACACAUACCUCACCUAGUUAAUAACCCUUAUAUCAACAAGCUGUAUUCAUCAGGUUAUUACCCACAAAAAUGAAUCACUUUGUAUUAAAUAAAUAAAAUUGUAUUUCCAGGAUACAAAAAUAACUGGAUACACCAAAAGAAUAAACAUUUUAUUAUAAUAAAUUUAUCAUUAUAAAAAUGUAGGAUGCAAUUUUAGCCUCUGUAUAACAAAUCACAAUGAUUCUCAUGCUCCAUAAAAUUCUCAUUAUUAAGAAUCAAAAUUUGAAAAAAAUGCCAUGUCAAACUUUUGUCUAUUGUGGGCUUAUUAAUUAUUCAGGAAGCAAAAUCCUUUAAAUAUUUUGAAUGGGAAUGAAAUAUUAUGCACAAUUUAUUACAUUAAAAAUGUUGGUCGGCAUCUCUCUUGUUGACAUAAUGUAGUUAAAAAUAUUUAUUUAUAUUUUUUUAAGGACUAGUGAUUAUGGGUGUGUUUCUAAAUGUGUAUUCUUUUAGCGAUUUUUGAACAGUAAAUCCCUGUAAAUGUUUAUAUUAUUAUCAUUCAAAAGGAUUGCGAUUUUUUACAAAAAUUUUGCAACUGUGGACUUAAUAUAUUCAGUCCUAAAUUAACUUGGUGUCCAUUUUAUUUCUAGGAUUUCAAAAUAAUGGCGGAGUGGAGGAACACAGGAGCCAGAAUAGGCCACAGCCUUCUCAACACUCUGCUAAUACCUCUUUAUUCAGAAAUAAUCGAAAGUCAGAGGCUUCUAAAGUGAGUUGCUUAAUGUUUAUAUUUCUUAUAUUACAAGUUCAAGUUUGAAAUUCAUCAGCAUUACAGCUAACAUCAAUAAAUCAUUAAAUUAAGAGAGGUAUUUCAAUGUCAUGUUCAUUAUUGUUGUUACCAACAAAACCCUGCAUGAAUUCUAGUGCAUUCAACUGAAAGAGAAAGAGGAGUAUCAAAAGCUACUUCAGCUUCAAUUUCUUCGUUCACCCUGGCAAACUAAAGUAACUAUUCCAGCGCUCAGUGGCCUUAAAACAUCUUCAUCAGCAGCAAAGGACUCAUUUGAUGUACCUGGAUCUUAUAAAAGCAGGUUAGACCGUUUUAAAUGCCCUUGAAGAAGAAUAUUUAUCUAUUGCAGUUAAGUCAAACUUAACAUUUUAUUUAAUAACUAAACCAUAAAUUUGUUCAAAGUUUGAAAGUAGGGAAAGGGUAUAAGCAUCUUUUUAACUUCGACUCUGAAGUAUUUUUCAAGAAAUUAUUUUUUUCUUGUGAAUUAUUUUUGUUAUGAAUAUUGUUUUCAGCUCUAGCAGUGCAUCACAGAAUUCAUUCAUCAGCAUUCCGCAGAAAAGACCCAUUGAAAUAAUUUCUGUUACACCAAGUUAUACUAGGUACUGUGUGCUGCUCACUUUCAUGUACUCAUUCAUGCCUUAAUGUUAAUUUUUUUUCUCUUUUGUUGUCUUCUUUAUUUCAAAUUUACAUAACAUUGAAGUUGUUAUCGAUGUUUUUUUUAUGCCCUUACAUCUACAUAAACUUCCGUAAGGAGAAUAUCACCCUCUUCUAAUCAAUAAACACAUUUUUUGAUGAGAAAGAGAACAAAUUUAUUGAAUACUGAAUAUCUGUCAAAUUCUAAUUAUGGUUAUUACUUAAAAAAUAGAAAAACAAGAGACUUAUCUCAAAUAUCUUCACUGAAGUUGCUGCUAGCAGAGCAGCGUAGAAGAGAUAGGCAUGAAGUACUUGCUCACAGGUCACAUAGGCAGGAAAAUGAGCACAAACUUAACCAAGAAAACAGAGAAGAAAAUUUAAGAAAACUGACUGAAAGUAAUGAAAGGAACUCACAGACAUCUGCUAUUGUCAUUGAAGAUGAUGAUGAGAAUAGAAGACCGAUUGGAAAUGCAGUGUCCUCUGACGAACAGGCUAAAAAAGGUGAGACCAAUCAAGUGAUAUGGAUUAAAAAUUUGAGUGAAAACUGCUUUUUUUUUCUUUGACAUUUUUUAAAAAUAAUGUUUUUUUUUUAUAUCAAUUAAAAUUAAAAAAGAAUUAUCUAACAAUAUGAACUAUUAUUUAGUUCAAACUAGUGAACUAUAAUUUUGUUAUAAACAUAGGAAAAAGAAUAGUUACAAAAAAUUCACACUACCUUAUAAAUGUUUAGUAUUUGUCCAUCAGCUUAAUUUUGAGAUAUUGAAUAAAGGAUGCAGACUCGCUUCCAUAACUCCUAAUUCUGCGCCCCAUGAAGAAUAAGCUUGUAUUAACUUAAAAUUGCAUAAAAAAUAAAGAUCAACCUUAAAGGGAACAAAAUAAAGACUUAAUUUUGAAAAGCCCAUAUAUAUAGGCACUCAAAAGCCCCAUUUUGUUAUAUCAGGCUCCGGGUGUAGUAGGUUAAUAGUAAAUUGGUAAAGUAAAUGAAAAUAAAAUUUCAAACUUUAUUUUUUAUAAGUCUUGAAUGUUAAUUUUAAAGAGUCCAGUCCUAAGUUUGAAAUAAAUUUUGUUAACCUUUUUUUAGGCCAAAGAAACAAAAUAUCAAUUUUGAACUCAUUAGUGUGUUACAUUAUUAUAAAAAUAUAUGAAGUAUGGUUUUAUUUUAAUUUGUUUUAUAGCUUAAAUCAAUUGUUGACUUUGUUUGAAAAAGUUUUCUUUAAUCCUUAAUUGCAUUGAAGAAAUAAUUAAAUUUGAAAACAUUGUUCUUGUCUAAGCUCACAUAAUUUAUUGUAUAUGUUGGUAAAUAUUUGUCUUGUUGAAAUAUUCUAGAUGUGCAGUCACGGGAUAAAACAGAGCAGCAAAGGUAAUGGAAAUAAAAGCUAUAAUUAUGAAAGCUUAUUAAAAGUUAUUCCAUCAAUUGAUAUCUACAAUUUAUGAUAGUUAUGGUUAAGAAAUUGAAUUUAAUAGUCAAUGUAGUUUUUGUUGCAUAGUUUCAUGGAAUAAAAUUUAGAACUUAUUUUUUAAAAGAUAAUUAUGUUCUAUAAUACUAAGAGUUGAAAUUUUAUUAAAUGAUCUUUUCUGUUUAAUUUAUAUUUAUUUUCUAAUCUAAUUUUGCAGUGACAAAAAAAGCUUCUUGCAAUCAAAGUACCUGUUUGAUAAAGAACAAGAAGAUAGGUAAGAGUGGAAUUUCCAUAGGGACUGAUUCUAAACAGAGUAGAUCUAAUAUAUUAUGUGCUACUGUUAAAAUUUAGCUUUUACAAAUGAACAUUUAAAUUAAGAUAAUCAUGAACUUUUAAAGUAAUACGUAACAAGUUUUUUUUUUAAAUGCCCCUUGUUUUCUUUCAAAUAUUUCAAUUACAGGAAACAAAUGAGAAUUAAUGAACAGGAAGCAAGAAGAAUUCAAAUCGAAGAACAAGAAUUGAAAGCAAGAGCUUAUGCUGAAAAGGUAGCUUAAAAUGCAUUUAUAUAAAUAUUGCUCCUAAGUUAUUACAGUGUAAGUGUUUUGUUUAAACAUUUUUUUAAUGCCAAAAAUAAUUACAUUGAAGCAUUUUCAUUGGAAAAAUUAAUAUGUCUGAUUUUUUAAAAGUUUAUUACUUGUUAACUAUAAUUUAAUACUAUUCUACAUUUACACAUAUUAUGUAGGUUAUACUUAAAUGUUUAAAAAAAAAUUUUUUGCAGAGACGAGCUCAAGACAUCAGUUUAGAGAGACAGGUAGACUAUAGCUUAUAGCCUAAUCAUUACUUUACAAAAAUAAUAAUUUAAUGUGAUAUGCCUCUAAUAAGCUGGUUUGUACAAAGCAUAUCUUACUUAUUUUAGGUGUGUUUUUUAUAUUUUUAUUAAGUUUAAAGCUUAUAGUUUAUUCAAUGUUUCUACAAUUUAUCAGUUGAAGUAUCAAAUGAGAAUUUUUGAAGAAGAGCCAGGUGUAACAGAAGAAAUAUUCAGGGAUGAAGAGGAAGAGGAAAAAGAAGAAGAGUUUCCAGGUUUGUUUUGGCCCUAUGUUUCUACAACUUCUUUGAGAGCUAUUUAAUGAAGUACAAUUUCAUUAAAUAAAAUAUAUAAUUACAGCUGUAAUAAUUUUAUAAUGAAAAUAAAAAGGAUUCCUCAUUAAAAUCUUUCUUUUUCUUUAUAAUCAGAAUUAACAGAUGAAAUGCUAGAAGUUGUGGCUAGAGCAUUGCGACCUGGCAACCCUAAUGAAUUAUUAUCUAAGGCAUUCGGUUUGCAGAUUACUCGAGGAGAUAUAGCAACUUUAAGUGGCUUAAAUUGGUUAAACGAUGAGGUAGGUUUAAUGUACUAGGAGUACGCUCUAAAAAUUGAGUUUGGGUUCACUGAUUGUUGACACAUCAGACAUUUUGAAUAUACCUCCACCUGCAAUCUAGCAAUUUUAAUUUUCAACUUUAAUUUAGAAGUCUCCUACGGCAUUUGGUACAUAUGUUAAAUCACUUAAUGGUACUAAGUACAUUAGUACCGUAUUAUUUUAAAUAUCAAGUUAAGUAAUUGCUCAUCUUUGUUACAGGUCAUUAACUUCUACAUGAACAUGCUCAUGGAAAGGGGAGAGAAAAGUGACAGGAAAGUGUAUGCUUUCAAUACAUUCUUUUAUCCCAAAAUAAUGUCUGGGGGACAUUCUGCUGUGAAAAGAUGGACUAAAAAAGUUGAUAUAUUUGCUAUGAAAUAUAUCAUCAUUCCUGUUCAUUUGGGCAUGCACUGGUGCUUAUGUGUAAGUCAGAACUUUAAAAUCAUACCAUAACACAACUUGAAGGUUUCCUGUGUUUAUAUGUAAGAAAAAUGUGUCUUCAAAAUUCAUUUUUUUUUAAAAAUAUGGACAGAAAUGUAACUGGUUGGAUGGGAAUUCAGGGUCAAAGUUUCAGUGACUUUUUUUCAUUUUAAUUUGUGUCUUAAAAAAUGGCACAAUGGUAAUUAAGGGUUUAUGUGUAAAUGAAAAAAUGUGAUAACUGAGGAUGUACUGAAAGAACUUGCAUAUAAAAAACUAAAUGGCAACAGUGGUUAGCAAAUCGCGGCUCUUUGGUGACCUGAGUGCUGCUUGGCCAGUCAGCCGCAAAUCUGUUUUGACUCUGAAAAACAUGGUUCUUGAAAAGAAAUUUGUCUGUCAACAAAAUUUUAAUCGUCCUGCUGCUAAUUUUUGGCUCUUUUGACUAAUGAGUUUGGAGACCACUGCUGUGGCAUACUGGUCUGUCUCAUGACCAAGUGGUAAAAGGUUCAAAGUCAUGCGGGUUUAUCCUCAGCUAUGAGAAAAUAACAAAGUGGAUUGGACUUGUUGGCCAAAAAUGUAUUUGUGCUUAUACUUUAGAGGUAAACUCUGAAGAAUUACAACAGCAAACUUUACGCUUUCAUGAUUCACACAUAUUUAAGAUAUACCUCAAACUAAAAAUACAAGAGAAAAAAGGCUAAAUGAAAAGCAACUUUAUUUUAUACGUUUAUUAAUCACACCCAAAUCAAAGGAAAAACGGAAGAUUUAAAAUUCACAUUGGCCAAUGCUUCAUUUUAUAACAGAUUGUUGACAUCGAUAACAAAGCAAUCACAUAUUAUGAUUCUAUGGGUGGGAAGAAUCAUAAUUGCCUCAGAGCUGUAUUGUAAGUAUGUUAUUGUACUUGUAUUUAUUCACAGAUUUUAAAUCUUGUUUUGUUAAUGAACCGUGUUUAAAUAUGUACAAGCAGUUCUUAGCCAUUGAAUGUGAUUUAUUUAUUUUUUUUAAUUUUGUAUCAGCAACUAGCUUUCUUUUUAUGAUCGGGGCCCUGGUUUGUGAGCUUGUGAAGCAUUAGGCUAAUUUUUGUCUGGUGCCCCCUCUGUGUGUUAAAAUAAUCUUUAUUCAUUCAAGUUACUAUACAAAAUUACUGUGAUAACUGUUUGGCAAUGUUAAUAACCUAAAGUUAAUUUUACACUGUAAAUUUAAGUAUAGUAACAUUACUGUAGCUUACAACAUUACAAUAGCAUACAACAGUGCUUUCCAACCUUUAUGACUCCAUGGACCAACAAUAUUUUUCCGGGAACCCGAGGGCCUCAAAUGACAUCUCAAAAGAAAAUUAUUUGUGUUAUGUAUACUUCAUACCUUAUGUUUAUAUCAAAUAGCAGUAUCAGCAAAUCAAGAAUAUAAAUAACGUGAUUAAAAACUAGCCCUUUUUAAUGAUUUAUUUUGCUUUGAAUUAUACUUGAAAUGAAAUUUUCUUAAUUGUAAGAUGCUUCCAAAAAACAUGAGCUAAAUUUUGUUACAUUUCCGUAGUUGUGAAAAAUAAGAAACUUACACCAUCCAGAAUUUAUUUUGCCUUGCAUUCUUGUUUACAAAAAAAUUUGUUCAAGAAUAUUUCCUACUGUUUCACACAAUUCUUCCCUGACUGAAUUGCACCAACUACAAACUAUCGCAGCGUGUAUCCUGCUUUCUACUUAUUGAAAGUCUCAUACUUUAAUCUCCAAAUACCAGGUACUUGUCCCCGUCACAACUAAACAGGAUGGAGACACUCUCCCAUACAUGGCUAGACAACCUGUUUAAAUAACAUGGUACCAUAAUGGUUCACAUUGCCCACCAUAGUCAUUUAAUUGUGACACCUUUAGGUCCCCAGCUCCCUUCUCAAUUACUCUGACCGGAAGACUUUCUUGACACAAGUUAAGUCGUUAUGCUCACAUAUCUAUUUUAUCUAACUUGGUACCGAUGGUGGGGGCAUGGACAUUUUUACUUGGACCAAAGUUACUUUUCAUUUCCCUGUCACUGUCAGUAAUUAUACCCGAUAACCCGCAACGUCUCUCAUGUACAAGUAACAGAAAGAAGAAGGUAUUAUCGGAUUUUAUUUUGACCAGGUUCCCAAAUGGUUGCUCUGCUGAAUUGCUUAACAUUUAUUACUUUCUGUCAAGCCAUCUGACUCCUUAGUUUUUGUGACUUCCCCGUUUUCCAUGUUACAUCUUCUCCAGUGCUCUCAUCUGCUUUCCCAACAAUAAUAAAUCAAUGUAUGUGGUUAGAAAAUAUUUUCAACUCAAAUGUUUAAAUGGUUUUUUUUUUGGGUUUUUUUUUGGCAUACAUCAUAAAAAUUUCUCAAGCUGUGGUGGGCCAUUUAAAAUUAGCUUGUGGGUGGACAGUACUGGCUUACAAGGUCAUGCAUGUCCCAUGAACGUAGUCUUCCAUUUUGUUAUAGUCAAAAUUCAGAAUGUUUUUUAUAUCUGUGGCUUGAAGUAAUACAGUAACAAAAAUUUUUUGCUAUCAAAAUAUUUAAGUACCUGCAUUAACUUAUAACUAAUUUAAAGAUUUCUAACAAUAUAUGGUUAGUAUCAGUAUGGUAUAGAGGUAAGAAUGUUUGUAGUUGACCUUUAUUUUGCCUGUAAAUAUGACAAUAACAAAAAUUUCAAUCUGUUUUUAGGAGUUAUUUAAAAGAUGAGAGUACUGCCAAGAAUUAUUCUCAAUUCAAAGAAAGUGAAUGGCAGAUACAACAUGCUGAGGUAUAAAUUUUUUGUCUAGUCGGUAAUAAAUUUUUGUAAAGUGAAUUAUCAAUACAAACUUUUUAAAAUUAAAUUUAAGAAAACAGAUUCAGUUAAUGAAUGCUUUAUAUUCCACAGAACAAUCCCCAUCAAAUGAAUGGUGGAGAUUGUGGAAUGUUCAUGUGCAAAUAUGCUGAAUACAUAACAAGAGGGAAGGCUAUAACAUUUACUCAGGUAAGGGCUGCUAUGAAUACUGAGCUUUUUGAAAUAACAUUUUUGGUCAAGAUUGACUUUCAGAAUGUGUCCUACUUGGUGAUUAAGUAUUCUUAAUGAAAGAGAUUUGUAUUAAAAUAAUGUAAUUCAGAUUAAAUCUGUGACUAUAUUACUAUUACAAUCAAUCAUGCAAAAAGUUGUACUUUUUUAUAUUUUAAGUAAGUGCUAAGAUUGUUACUUUCAAGAAUUCUUUUCGUUGUUAAAUUUAAAUACAUUUCACAUUUAUUACUGUACAUGCAUUUCAAAACUUUUGUUAAUAUUCAUAUUGUUUACAUUUUAAUUUCUUAUUAUCCUGUUUUGCAGGAGCAUAUGCCCUAUUUUAGAAAACGGAUGGUUUAUGAAAUCAUGGCUAAGAUGUUGUUGCAGUGAGUUCAAAAACACCAAGAAUCCACACAUCUUAAUGUUUCAUUAUGUAAAAACCCAUGUUCGAAUAUCAUAAGUAAAAGACUGUAUAAUUCUUGUACAGUAAUGUUUUCCAGAAUCAUGUUAAGCAUUAGGACUUUUUUCUUCUUUUUUUUAUGGGAAAUGUGUUUUCUUUCCCAUUUAAAUUUCCAUUAAGUCACAAUUCAUUAAGAAGUAGGUUUUUUUAUGAGAAGAAAUAUAAUUAUUUUGGGUUGGGAUAAGUGAGGCUGAAAAAGUGUAUUGAAUUUAGAUUUGAUAAAAAGGGACUUUAUUUUGAAUCCAGACAUGUGUGCCAAGAUUAUAACUUGGUAAACAUUUGAAAUCUGAGCUUUUCUACAUUACAAAUUUGAUCAUCUUAUUCAAUUUUCGUUUUAAAUCAAAAGUUACUGUAAAUUAAAUCAAAAAGAAAUUCUUAAUUAUAUUGAAUUUUUUUUUUUCUGAAAGAAAUAAAAAUGUUGAAACCUCUCUCAAAUUGUACAAAAGAUGUCUUCUUAGGCCAGGAGACUUUAAAUUUUGAAGCAAGCAAAAAAUGUAUAUUUUUAUAAGAAUGAUAGGUUUUGAAUGUUUUCCAUUCUUCAUUUCCUUGAAUGAUGAAAGUUUUGAGUCAUUAUUUAUGUUUCCAGAUGUUUAUAAAUAAUUGAAAAUGGCUGGGUUUUUUCAAAAAUCUUGCCAAUCUACAAAAUUAUAAAUUAUGCUAAUUUAUUUUUUAAUAGGACAGUUAUUAAUUUUGUUUGUACACAGCAAACCUAACCAAGUACAUUCAGUGCAUGCUGAGGAACACUGAUAUUUAUUGAAGCCUUUGUAAAUAAUUUUUGAUUACCCAGUGAUACAUACAAGCAUAAGUGGUAUGGAAGAUCCAUUUAUCAGAGGUGCAGCAAUUUCACACACAAUUUGUUGGUUUUUUUUAAAGAGGAUGUGGAAAGUACUGGGAUCUUCUAGAAAUAUUUGAAUAAUUCAUAAAUUCAACAAAAAUUUUUUUUGCUAAUUUAACUUUUCUCAGCUUUAAAUUUAUUUUUAUAGAACAAAAUUUUUUACCAUUUGAUAAAUUGAAGGGUAAAAAGUAAGGGGAAAUUAGAAAUAUACCGGUACAUAAUUCUUAUUCUGUCACAAUGCACAAUCAGUCUUAAUUUCUCUGAUAAUAACUAACAUAAAUUUGAGUUUUAUUUCUUGCUAUGGUAUUAUCUCACUAGUGUAUUUUAAAGUAAUCUUUCCUUAAAUUGCAUUUGGACAUGGUGUAUCUAAAAAAUAAAGUACAUUGUGCUUCUUAAUUCUUUAUUUGUAUUUUAAUUUUAUUGGUAAAAUUGCCUCUAGUGCUUUCUUUAAAACUAUCCUGAUCUUUUACAAGAGUAUAGGAAUAUUUUCUUUACAGUUUUGCUAUGAAAUAGUUUUCAUUUAUUUUUUUUAUAGAAUAAGGCCGAUUAUAAUGUGGAAGCUCUAGUGUGAGAAGAGCCCACAGAUUUUUUAAAUAUAUUUUCGAUUUAUGACUUCCAGAAGCGUGUCAACCAUCAGCAUUUUGAAUCUCAAAAAAUAAAACAAUGUUUUUAAAAACUUAUUGGUUUAAAUAAAUAUUUUGUUAAGGGUUAAGUGUGGAAAAAGUCAGCAGCACAAAAUGAAUGAAUUGCUUAAACAUCAAAGAAUGCAAGAGGCUUUGAGAGUCUGGCAUUUAGUCAUUUGUAAUUAUUUGUAAUCUCUGUAAAUUGAGAUGUUUCUAUGAAUAAUGCAAGUGAAAAACAACUUU